UCAGUGCACUGAAAAUAGUUAUUGCUUAUGUUUGGUUUAUCCAAAAAUUUCGAGAGAAUCUACUUGAAUUGUUACUGCUAGAAUUUGGGAGUAAAACCAGUUUCAAAAGACUGUUGGUCAAAUGAAAGAUCUGUAUCUUAGCUUGCGCGUGCGUUUGUGGUAACUCCUUCGGUUUUGUAUUGCGGCAAAUAGAACCCGGAAAAAAGACGAGUAGGAAAUAGCAAAAAGCAGCGGCAACGGUUCAACUUCAUCGUGAGCCUUUCGUGCCAAUUGACAUUUGUAUACAUUGCUGUUCGGUUUACUGUCCGUCUACUAUACCUUGUGAAAUUUCUGGAAGUUUUAAUUGAAAGAAAACAUACAUGUGUGAAAAAUUCAAUGUGGAUAUCUUAAUUUCGUUGCUUAUGUAAAGAUAAAUUUCUUUUAUUUCUUUUUGCAAUUGUCAUGCGUGAGCGUUUUGUUCGCGAAAUCUAAAAUAUUGCAAAAUUAACAGUUUGUGUUAUAAAUAUUUCUUGAAAAGUUGUCCAAAAGGAUUAUUCUGCUAAAUAAGUGGAUAAUUAAAGUUUUUUUAACUUAACUAAAAGUGUCACACCCAUUGUAGGAGCCGUUACAGUAAGUAAAACAGAAUAACAGCCAGACCGAAGUGUCCGGGAAAAAUCGAAAUCAAACGAAUUGCAGAGAAGAGCAAGGAAGUGUAAAAUAAAAUACGCCCUAGUAUCGAUAGACGGUGCCUACAGUUGCCUACAGGAAGCCAAAAAUUUGUUUGUAGUGGUAGUGGUAAGAGCUUUGAAGCUGCCGUCAGUGUGUGUGCAAAAUUUGCAGUGCAAAAACAAAAACAAUACUUUACACAAGUAUACCCGCAAAAAUAUUGCAGCGAAGUGCAGCUUUUCAAUUGCAAACAUACAUAUAAAAAUACAAAUCUCAGUACUCUUUGCGCCGCAUUGGUCUUGCGCUAUUUUUAGAUUCUUGUGUACACUCUCCUGAGCCCAACGCAAUUUUCAUUGCAUUCUUAGGCAAUUGCAAAAAAAAAAUAUAUAUAUAUAUAUAUAUAUAUAAUACAUACCUAAAUAAUCGAAAGAAUUCUAAGUGUUAAAAGAAAUUUACAAAUUACAUCUCUAUUAGUGGGUAAAAACCAUUGUUGAGCAGUGGUGGUUGCUCGCCUUAAAUUGACCCGGUAAAUUUGCAGCGAAAAAUUAAUUAGCGUUAGCAACUACAGUAGUGGUUGCACUUUUCAGCAUACAACCGAAAUUUAUGCGCUCUACCGCAACGGCGGCGUCAAAGGUGUACAGCCGACGGAGUCGUUACAGUUACAGCAGCAGCAGCAGCUGAAGACAGGUGAACUCCAGCUACGCUUCAGAAUGCUAUUUGCAGCUUGCACCACUGCAGCGCCAAAACCGUUGCAGCAUUCUGCUCAUGUCGCCAACAAUUUGGGACAACAGCAGUUGACGACACUGCAACAGCUGAAGGAUCAGCAUAUGAUGUCCUUUUCGUCAACGUCAUCAUCAUCAUCAUCGUCGGCGUCGUCAGCCACGUCGGUGUCAUCUUCGGCUAUGCAAACGCCGGCGCAAAUGUCUCCGCAGCAUCAAGUGGCAGCAACAGGAAAUGCAGUUACGGCCGCAACGGUAGCAGCGGCAGUGGCUGCGCGUGCCAGCGAGGAGGCCAAGGAGGCUAUGCGUAAACUCGACGCCACCUUGGUCGCCUAUCUGGCCGGUGAGACAAAGUUGCAAUCGAAGCAAUUGGAGCCAGAGCUGGAAUUGAAUUUGAAUUCGCCAAAUAAUGAGUCAAGCGCCGCCGAUAGCGAUGAAUAUGUUUUGGAAGAAUUCUCCGACACCGACACCGAUGCCGACGAACAAACGGUGGAGAAGAUAAGACGUGAAGAGUUGCAGCUAUUCAGACGCAUCAAAAGCAUGAAAUUGCAAUUGGAAGCGCUUACACUAGAACCAGAGGGCACUAAACGUAUGGAAUUGCUACAAAACGAGACACGUCCCAUUUUCACCGUUGAAUGUCAGCUAUCGCAUGAAUUGAUCCAGCAUGUGCCACGCUAUGAAAUGUUCCAUAUUAUGCAAUUCGAAUCGGAAAAAUUCAAUAGUCUCACACAGUGUACACGUUUCGGUCAGGAGGCACAACGUGACAUCAAUUUGACGCCAUUAAUCGAUGAAUUGGAUGCCUUGAAUGGUAAUUGUGUUGCCGGUAAUGGGAAUGGCGCUGCAUCAACGGAUAUGGCAAACUUUGGUCGCAUACACUUUGCCGUGUGGUGGCGUGAACCGGGCACUUGCCUCAACGAAAUGCUCGGCAUGGGCGUAUUUGAAUUACGCGAACUAUACGAUGCCGCGCUGUUGGAACAAUGCAAACGCAUUACAAUUCAACGUCGUGGCGUGCCAUUGGCUAAUAUUUAUUUGAAGAUAAAUCUACUCUUGUGCACUUUAGCCGAUACCAAUAACAACAAUGCAAGUGACGUUGUCGCAUAUGAGCCGGCAACGGAGGCCGUAAAAGAGCAUGGUGGUAAAAAGAAGAAGGGCGGCGCUAAACGUGGUGAUGGUAAUGCCGCCAAAAAUACAAAAGCUGGCGCUGGCUCAACGGCUGCAGGCACAUCCGCUGGUGCUGCUUCCGCCUCCUCCUCGUCGAAUACUACAGGCAAAACCAACGACGGCAACGAUGUUAAACCCGAUACAGAGAACAACUUCAAAGCCGAGACUUUGAAAGUGCGUCUACUCACAGGCCUAAUAACUGCUGGGGAGGUGCGUAAUUUAAAGCCAGCACCGAAUUAUGAAUACCAUCUUCAUGUCGAUCGCUUUUGGAGAUCGGAACCGGCUACAGCAAUACUUGAGGAUGAACCACGCUUCCAUUAUGAAGAGCAAUUCGCUGUAAUUAGAGAUACUGUUUUUUUGAGUAAUGUCAAAAACAAAUAUCUGAGAUUGCUAAUUUAUCAACGGCCCAAAACCGAUGGAGACACUGAUGGCAACGGCAAUCCGAAGACACGCUUGGAGCCAGUGGGCUUGGCAUUAUUGCCGCUUCAUCAAUUCUUUAUAGCAUUUAGUAAUGAUCUGAUCUCGAAUCGGUUGGUCAGAGAGAAGUUACCUGUUAUUUCCAUUGACGCAUUUACACCCGUUACGGGCUCAGAUGGUACAAUGUUGGGUGAAAUCAAUUGUCUAUUGGCAAUUGGCAGCACGGAGCAAAUUGAUAAUCUAAAAAGACAACGUGGAUUUCGGCCAUUGCACACGGAUAUGUUUGCCGAGGUGGGCAUAGAUAGAGGAGAUGAGCCACUCUAUAGACAUAUACGUAUGCCGGUACCCGAAAAUAUCCGCCAGGUUAUAAAAUCGAGGAAUGAAAAAAAUAUUAUUCGUGAAACUGUUAAUAUGUUGCAUAUCUUAGAAAAGGCAUUAGAACAAAGCCGUGCGUGUAAACCCACAUCAGGUGAUGAUAAUAAAUCAAGUGCACAAGCAUCGAAAUCUCCGUUACCAGCAUUACCGUCUGUGCCACCACUAUCUGUGGCGUCCACAUCAAAAGGAGCUGCUACAGCAACAACCACGGCACCAUCAGCUGCCCCAUGGUCAACAUCACCGACAUUAUCAGAUGAAGAAUUCUUAGAAGAUUUUGCUCUUAGGCUUAAAGCUAAAACACCUGUUGCCACGGACACAACCAACCCUGCAGCGAAAUUAAAAGCACUUAUUUCCAAAAUACAAGAGGAACCCACUUUCCAAUUUGAGCUGAUGAUAACUAGCGCCGUUGGUCUAGUACCAUACUAUACCCCCUUGGAAAAUACUUUGGAAGCAAGACGUUUUCCACCAGGCGAACUUCCAAGCACUUAUGUAACAUUCCAGGCAGAAGAUUGUGUAGGUCACAGCAGUUUUUACAGUUCAGUUGAAGGGAAACAGUAUGCUACAAAAAUUGUGGAGCGUAGUGUUCAUCCAAGUUGGGAUCAAAAGUUUUUGGUCACUGCGAGUACAGCAUAUUUAGAUAAGCCCGGUAAAGCAUUCAUUUUGAAGCUAUGGAAGAGGGCAAACAUACCGUCGGCUGAUGUUAUAAGAGCUACGUCACCAUUGGCACCAACACCGGAAGAUGAUGCGAUUAUUGGCUUUACUGAAGUGUAUGUCUCAUGUUUUUUGGAUAAAUGUGGUGUGACCGGCCUUUUUCCUGUGAUAGACGUUAAUGGCUGGAUUAGGGCGCAAUUGCAGUUGAAAGCAACUGCAUUGGCAGGUUGGUUUGAUAAGUUUGAAGAAGCUGCAGCGGACGAAAUAACGUCACCGAAACAAGAACCAAAACCAGAGUUGGAGCCAAAGCACCAAUGGGUGCCAGAGUUGGAUUCAAAACCCAAAGAAAUAUCAAAAUCCAAACCAAAGCAGAUCACACAGAUUCAUGAAAUUACUCCAAUGCCAGCUUACGCAGGCGUUAACGCACAAGACGCUAGUAUGUUUGAUAACUCGAAAUCAGAGAAUGCUCUUGAAGAAUUUGGAAAAUCGCUCAAUAUUACUCAUCUAAAUCUCAAUGAAGCUGUCAAGCAUAAAUGCAUCGAACUCGAAGGUAUUUCUCAACGUUUACGCACACGGCUUGCCGAUGUGACCGGCGUACCGCUGCCAACAGAGUUUAACAUGUCCGCUUUAAAUAAUUGGCUGCCACUUGAUGAGGAGGAAAUGGCAGAGUUGGGCGGAGAUGAAGAAUUAAUGGAAUUCACACGCGAUAUUAAUAAUCCACCAACUGAAAAAGCUGGAGCAGCAGCUACAUUUGAAGAUUACAUCAAUAUGAACGACCUUGAAACAACAGUUACAGCUGCUGUCAAUAAUCAAAGUGAUAAGAAAGAAAAUUGAUCUCAAAACAGUCGCCAGGAGCGGCGAAAAUCGUCACUAUUGCAUAGUGGCGUUGUAAACGCAGGAAAAGAACUAAGUCAACAAAGCCAGCACCAGUAUGAGCGGUGCAGCAUAGCAGUAAUAUUACAGUUAAUCAAAUACAAAACACUCUAGCGCGCUUUGCGCCUAAUAGUAGCACAUUUAGCAAACCAAACUAACAUUUUUAGCACCAGAAUUAUCAACUAUUAACGUCAUAAGCAUCAACGUCAUCAUCACAACCACCGCCACCGAUCACAUAGAUGUAUUUCAGCUACUAAGCUAUUUCAUAACCAAAACAUAAAAUUUAAAUGGAAUUUUAAAGUAAAGGCUCAAUAGUACUUAAAUAAUUGUAACUGUAUGCAGCAGAUAAUGAGAAAUGCGAAUUUUGUUUGCCAAUUUUUUAAAAAUAAUUAUAAUGAUAAAGUUAUGUGUGUGUAUGAGUAUUGAUAAAUAUUAUAUACAUAUAAAUAGCUAUUUACAAUUACUAUAUAUAUAAUAUAAUAUUAUGAUGGAUGUUUUAAACGCCCUGCGAUCCUUAAUAGCUAAGCGAAAUUGUUAUUACUUUCUUCCCUUCUUAUCUUUAUACAUAAAUAUUUCACCAAAUUAGCAUUAAUAAUUUACUAUACAUAAAUACAUUAAAAUG